AUGCAUAUAGUUAAUAGGUAUCCAGAUGGAAAGCGCAAGAGGGUGAAUUAUAACGUUAAGAAAAUUCAGCAAGCCCAAUUCACGCGGAACGACGCUAGUGACGAUGAAAACGAAGACGGAAAUCAUGAGACAGAGGAAGAGAAGAUGAUGAGUGCCUUGGAAUUGAAGAAGGCCAACAAGAGGUUUGAGGAACUUAAUAGAGAGAACUAUAAUGACAGUGUCAAGAUUGAAGUGCCAAAGAAUCUCACUCAGUUACAUUUUAUGAGGAAUAGCAAACCAUCGGUGGCGGUGAGGCGAUUAUUGAACUCGAAAAAGACGUGGAGUAACUAUCUGGAUGAGCUUGAUAAGAAAGAGGUGAGGAAGCUGAAUAGGUUGGAAGUCAGACCGAAUAUUAGUCGAACAAAGAAGUUGUGCACUAUAUGUGGUAAUAUCAGCUGGAGCAGUUGUACGAAGUGCGGAGCUCGUGUAUGCAGCGUGAAAUGCAUGGGGAUGCAUAAGGAAACCAGGUGCACAAAUUUUUGA